UGGUGGCAGUUCGAGCCACAGUCCUAACUCAACCUCAGCCUGUGAUAGAUUGUAUCGUGUCUUCGAUCCGGGAUCGAUAUCCGGUAAAUUCGUCUUCGGAAAGUGACACCGGUCGAGACAAAUCCUCUUAAAGGACGCGGAUGUCCUUUCAAGGUCCUUCCAAGUGUUCCUCAUACAAUAAGGAUACUUCUCCAAGGAAUCCAUUUCCAAAGGAUAAAUUUGUCCAAGGAUAUUUUUUCAAAAUAAUAUCCAUCUCGAAGGAAAUUUUAUUAGGACUUUGCAUCUCAAAGGAUAUUUUAUAAGGAAUAUUCUUCCCUAGGGAUAUAUUUCUACGAAGGAUAUAUGCUUCUGUAAGGAUACAGUUUCCUGAAAGUUUUUUCCUUUCAAGUUUUCAAAGAUAGUUCUCCAAAGGAUAACAAUUUUGAGGAUUUUUUUGUGAAAAAGAAGACGUGCGGAGGAUUUUGUAAGACACGAAAAAGUGGGGUCUCCUCGGGACUCGAGAUUUAAGAGAUGCUACCGGAGCCGCGUUCUUCGUGAAGCCACAUCUGAGUAAACGAAAAAGAAUCAGAACAAACAUGCGGUCUUACGAUCUCUUCGGGUUCUUCCUGCUUUUUCUCCUGGAUUUCUGGAGGCCAACGGAGGCCCUGUGCAGCCUCGAAAAUGGAACAGCUGCUCGAUGCCAUUUCCUGGAGGACGCCAGGUACAUUGACACCUACGAACUUCAAAGCCUGAAAGCUUCUGUGGCACAAAAAGUCCUAACUUCAGAUGCCUUUGAAAAUGUGACCAGUCUGAGAUACCUAGAUCUAUCCGGAGGUGACUUGGAAGAAAUUCAUCCAAGAUCUUUUCUUCUUCUAACAGAUCUACUUUCUUUAAACCUAGCUGACAACCACAUUAAAUACCUAAAUUCUAGCUCUCUGGAGGGUCUAAAGAAUUUGCAAAACCUCAGGCUACGAAGGAAUUCUCUCCAAGAUAUUUCCGAAGCUGUUCUUAAUCUAAAAAGUCUGAAAGUUCUCGACAUCUCUGGAAAUCCAUUAAAUUGUAACUGUUCGACUUUGAAAGCAAGGGACAAAUUGUUAGAAAAAGGGGUCAAAAUUUCGAAAACAGCUCUUUGUUCAGGUCCAGUUUCGGUUAAAGGAUGGUCUCUGCUGAAACCUAGCUCGAAGUUAAUUUGUAUAUUCGAGGAACAGGAUGAAGGAAUGCAGAUGGACCAGCCCGUGGUUGGGGCACCUGAAGGAUCUGGAGAAAUAGGAUCUGGUGAUGAGGAGCCAUUCGAGGAUGAUAAGGAAGAAGACAUGGAAGUAGUUGCAGCUCCAGCAGUAAAUGUUCCAAAAGCUGCUGAAACACCAGCUCCGGAAACCCCUGCUCCCGAAACGCCUGCUCCUAAAACAACUGACGCUGAAACUCCUUCUCCGAAAACACCCGAAGUUGAAAUUCCUUCUCUGAAAACACCCGAAGUUGAAAUUCCUUCUCCGAAAACACCCGAAGUUGAAAUUCCUGCUCCGAAAACAUCUAAAGCUCACACUCCUGCACCAGAAAUCCCUCUCGAAGCCGCUCAGCUAUCAUCAAAAGUAGAAGUAUCCGCAACCCCAAUUAGUCCAGUCGAAGUAUCACUAGAAAAGAGCAAACUAAAAGGUGAUGAUGGUCUCUUUUUCGACACAGAUGAAAAACCAGCUAUCGCAAGUCCCCCAGUGCCCCAUACAGAAAAGCCAGCAGUGAACGAUGAUUUAGUUUAUGCAGUCGAAGGAUCAGGAGACGAUGAUGAAUUUGAAGGAUCCGGAACGAGAGUUCCACCCAUAGAUUUCAGUAAAGCAGAAGAUGGAACUGUUUUCGAAAAUACCGUGGCUGAAGGAGAUGGAGGAAGCUUAUUUGAAAGCUUGUUUGGCAGUUGGUCGGAUAAAUCUACGACUGGUGCUCCAGAAGAAAAAACAGUAUCAGACAUCGAGAAUGAAGAGUUUUUGCCAGUUGAUUCAGCCAAAGAACCUAAAGUGAAAGUACAGCUAACUAAGGCUGGUCAACAAGCACUUAUUCCUAUCAAAUCGGGUUUUGACUUGUCAGAUGUUACAGAACUGAAUGCCACAAAGAACGGUGAAACUAAACCAGAAAUAGCAAAUGCAUCAUCCCAGGAAACGAAGAUGGGAUAUGGGUCGAUGGUUGUUCUUAUUAUCUUGUUGGCCAUUUUUGUAGGCUUGGUUGGAUUGGCAGCUUACAAGGGUGAUUUCUGUAAGAAGAAGAGAGUUCCAGAUGAUCUUGAGAGGGGAACUGAGUUGAAGGAAAUGAGAAAGUCUCUUUUGGAUGCUGGAAAUGCGCAACCAAAGAUAUCAUCAAAUGGUAAUACGGAAAGUGUGCCUCUAAUGAAUUCUGUUCCUCCUCAGGACGCAAAAGAUUCGAAACCAUUGAGCAGAAAUGGAAAUGGUACAGUGGAUGGACCAGUUAAAUCAGUUCCCUCUGAAAAAUCAGAUCCAUCAGCUAAAUCAGAACCAUCAGCUCCAGAGUCUCUAGACCCUGUUAAACCCCCAAGAAGGUCUAUCCCUCACGAAGAAUUUUUAAGACCCACCACAAAUGGAAAAUCCAAUCCAGAUCUUUACAUUAAUUCUGAAAAGUUUUCAAAAAUGUCAUUAAAUUUGUCUUCCAAUGAUAUCAAAACACAUCCAAAUACUUCAAUGAUACCCGCGGACUUUGAAAGCCCUCCUCUCAGUCCUGAUGCUCAAAGAGUGAAAAUAAUUCUUCAAGACAAUCCAGACAGUGUUCCUAAAACGCCGAUUCUUAUCACGCGUACAAAGAUGGGUGAAAACUUGGUCAAAACACCAUAAAGGUUGUUGUUGAAGGAUAAUGAUAUCCGGAACUUAAUGCUCCAGGUCGCCAGCGAAAAAGGCGAUUUUCCAAACGACCGUGAGGAAGUGAAGUGAUUCUAAAAUUCUUGGAACAAUAACAAAUUUUACAGAAUGUUGGGUGCCUUUUCUGUGUAUUUCAUUUUCUAAUUCUGGAUUCUGUGAUCUCUAAAAUGCUUCUUUUAAUAGAAACUACUCCCAUUCGUGGACUAGUCAACUAUAAAUGGUUUUAGGGAUUAAAGAGACAGAAAUAGAAUCCAAAUCGGACGUGUAAUGGGUACUAAAUUUCUAAAUAGGUCUCAUACUAUAUAUGAACCUAUUAGAGUAAUAAUAAGAGUUUCAUUUUUAGAUUGAUGUUUCCUGAUGAUGUAAUCCUAAAUACUAAAUAGGAUAGUUAAAUUUAAAGUUCUACUGCAACAGGAACAGUUUUAAAGUCAUGAGCAUCUCUCUAUUUUCCAAGUAUUUUUGCGGAUGAUGAUCACUUUUGCUAUGAUGCCUUCUGAUCAAGGUUCACCAUCCUAUUUUUUUUUGCAAUUCACCGAAGUGCUAAUUCCAAGGAAAUAAUCGGAUGAGGAAGCAAGCCAAUAGUUGCAGUGUCAUAAUCAGUAUAGAUUAUCCUGCACCUUUCAGAGAAAGGCUUGUGGAGACUAGUCACUCGUCAAACAACUUAGCGAGAAAAAAAAUGGCAAAAAUCUAAAAGAGUGCAAAAAACUUGACGUAAGCAGAAGUGACGGAACCUUAUUAAAAGUUUAGUUCUAAAUAGUGAAUCGAGAACGCGAAGACGUUUUUACACAAUUUUGACGACAAUAAGUUAUGAGGAAUGGCGUAUGUGUGAAUACCUUUUGUAUUAGUCAUCGCGUGAUAACAAAAUAACGGAUUCUUAGAAUUUUUAUGAUUGAUAAAGAUUGCAAGGAAUGUAUACUUACCAGGUGUUAAUUUUAGCUAGAUUUGAUAAGCCUUAAGGUUUACAAUGAGGGAAACUUUUGGCAUUUAGACCUGUUAAAAUUUACGAUAAAUUCUUAUUUUUAAUUUUUGUAUAAAUUUGUACAAAUGGAAGUUUAAUUAUUCAUUAGAACUCGAGAGUUUCUCCCAAUAUAAGGAAAUAAUAAGCUGUGACCAUUUCUACAUUUUAAGAGUAAUUAUAGGCAGAAAUAAGAGAACAUCUUUCCUUGAAGGAAGUUGAUCUAUAUGAGGACAGAGAACCGUUAUUUACUUUUUAAGAGAAAAAAAGUAGUAGUUAACAUUAUAAGAAGCGUUUUUUAUUUGUGGACGCUAAGUAUUUAUUACAUCGAUUUAAGCCAAAUGAACUAAACCCUACGAUUUAAAGGAGCAAGUGGGAUUUCCUUUUGAUUUUUUUUGUAACUUUCACAACUCUUAGAUUAUGUAUGUACAUCUCAAAAUCUAUAUCCAUCAUCAGUCUCACCUCGCUAUAUUUUAAGUUGAAUGUAAAACUUUAUAGUGUAAGUAGGAUUACCAAGAUGUAAAGACUUUAUUUAUAUUUUCAGUCUUUAAUAAAUAAAUAGA